AUGCAGGAGGCUGGCGGGGACGCAGGCGGAGGCAGCCGGGCGGGUGGCGCGGAAAGCCAGGGCCGGCGGGGUGUCGGAGGUUGCCGGGGUGGACUCCGCAGCACGGGUGCUACUUCCGCUGCAGACCACGGAGCUCCGGGUGUCGCGCCGGCCCAGCACUCUUUGGGGCCGGGUGGAGACCCGUGGUCCCCGGCCCAAAGGCCGGGAAGCCGACCAUGCGUAUUCACCCUAAACGUGCCUUUCCCGUCCGCCUUGGAGGCAGAGAUUGCCUGUGGGUCCCUGGCCCCAGAUGCCGAACCUCACCGUGGGGCGGUUGGGAAGGAGCUCACAGUGAGCGGCAGUGUCCUAGCGGUCUGCUGGAGAGCUGAAGAUUGCCGCCUCCUUCGAAUCUCCAUUGUCAACUUUCUGGACCAGCUUUCUCUGGUGAUGCGAACCAUGCAGCGCUUUGGGCCCCCUGUUGCCCGCUAA